AUGACACCAUCUAACGUCAACUCCAGCUCUGCGUCCAAAGAUGGAACGAUACAUACGGCAGGAUGUAUAGUUAUAGGAGAUGAGGUGCUAGGUGGGAAGACUGUCGACACUAACUCCGCAUAUUUUGCCCGCUUCUGCUUUUCCCUGGGGAUGCAAUUGAAGAGAAUCGAGGUUAUUGCAGACGAUGAGGCCGAGAUAAUAGAGGCUGCUAGGCGCAUGUCUAAGAACUAUGAUUUCGUGGUAACGAGUGGUGGGAUCGGGCCCACCCACGACGAUAUAACGUACAAGUCAAUAGCCAAAGCAUUUGGGCUUGAGCUCAAGUUGCACGAGCCCACCAUGGCCAAGAUGAGGAAAUACUCUCGACCUCACAAAUCACAGCCAGAUUUCGACUGGGAUAAACCUUCACCAGCCUUGACCGCGAAAAUGCGCAUGGCCCAACUCCCAACGGACCCUAAUAUCCCCGAUGAGGAGCAGGUCUUGUUUGUUAAGGAGGAUCUCUGGGUCCCAAUCUCGGUGGUGAACGGUAACAUCCACAUCCUACCUGGUGUGCCGAGGAUAUUCGAGACGCUGCUGGACGGGAUGAAGCCUCGCAUUCUUCCUCGUCUGAAAGAUCCCGAAGGCAAGGGAAUGUAUCGAAUGCUCUUUAGCACUCCAUUAGCGGAGAGCCAGGUCGCACAUUACCUUACUGAAUUGGCUGCCAAGGUCGAGCCCAAGGGCAUCAAGGUGGGAAGUUAUCCUCGAUGGGGCAAGAAUAGAAAUGUGGUGACGUUGGUGGGCAGUGAUCGAGAAUACAUGGACACGUUAGAGGCGGAAGUGGCUGCGGGUGUCAGGGGCAUGAGGAUCGGAGUAGAGGGUGAAGAUGAUACCGACGAUGAGACGGACGUGAGAAAGGAUAAAGAUGCAUGA